AUGUCGUCAUUCCAGUGUCCUUCAUGUGGCAAGGGCGGUUUCAAGAAUGACGUCGCUGUUGCUCGUCACAUGAGCCAACCUCGCUCUGGGUGCAGUACGUGGCUGCAGGAUUUGAUAUGCUUGCGCUCCGAGUCUGAUUCCUGUAUGGACUCGGAUGACGAACCGAAUAUUUCCAUGGAUAUGGACGAUGCCAGUGAACCGAAUAUGCCCGACAUCGAGUCUGGUGGUUUGGGGGAUUGGGAUGAGAUGUCUCGAGGGAGUACUAGUGGUAGUGAGAGCCAGGAAAUGCCAACUCACAACUCGGAAGUUAUCGACUCAUAUUCUGACUGCGCUCAAUCAUACGGCAGGGGCUACACGUUCCUUGAUCUAUUCAAUUCCGACAAUAACAGCAAACACCGUGCAAUGAAUCCGUAUUACCCAUUCAGCGGCUGGAAAGACUGGGAAGUUGGGUCGUGGCUCCUUCGCUCAGGAUUGAGCAUGGGGAAGAUAGACAAUUUUCUUUUGCUCGAGAUGAUAAAGACCCUUCCAUUAGUGGUAGUCAGAGUGAACGAUUUUGAGACGAUUCAGUCACCUCCCCCUCCACACUCAAGUAGCAUGGCACCCAAAGGAAAACACGUCCAACGAGCAUCUCCGCUGAAAGCCCGUAAAAAAGUGCCCAUUAAAAAAGGCAAAAAAGCGCUGCCAAUGGGUACCAAGGUCGAAGUCGGAGAUACCGCGGAGGCUAUCGAAAAGGUCAACGAUGAGAAAGAUGACGAGGAAGUCCCUGAUAUCGAGAACUGCCAGUUGGACAGAUACUUUGACGUGGUCCCUCGAUUGUACCCUGAACCAGGUGCGAAUGCAUCGACGAAAAACGGAGGAGGCGCGAAGAAAACAGAACACCACUGGGCACUCUGCAAGGUUCUGUUUGAUGGCCAUGCGGAGUAUGGCAGUGCAUUUGAAAUUGCACUUGGCAACCUGAAAGAAAAAGGCCUGCGACAAGCAUGGAUCUUAGAACGAAAAACCCUUGUCUAUGUCAAGGAGAUGGGAACAACAGGAGCUGGCAUUGAGCGUGAGGAAGAUAUCGACAUGAGUCAGGUGAACAACUUUACCACAAGAUGGGAAGAAUUUCCGUGGUUCUUCGAGAUGCGUGCUCUUGUCGCCAAUUGUCCUAGUCGGAUUCCUACCGGUGUUGGUAAUGCAGAUUCGGCUGCCGACUUUUCAAUUUUGUUACCGAAUGAUGGCGAAGAAUUUUCCGAGUCACUGAGUGAGCCCGUGGGAUUAUCUGAUGUAGAGCCUGAUGGAGAUACUUCUGUGGCUAGUGGCGAGGACACAAAACCCCCAAAACACCAGCGGUCAACAAAGAUCGAAGAUCUCGCUGACGAAGAUUGCAAGCCUGCGAAGAAGUUAAAGGUUACAACGAGCACCAAACCAUCCAAGACGAAAUCAUUCCUAGACAGGUAUGCCGAAGUGGCUGAGCAAGAAGAGCUGACUGCACAGAAACGGGCUGAUGCACUCACAGCCAAGGCAUCACUUGCUGUUGUCAAAGCAAAAGCCAAGGCCCAGAUCAAGCUGGAGAAGGAGAGACGCGAGACGGAGAAGGAGAGGAGGAAGACUGAGUAUGCAUUGAGGAAGCUCGAGCUUGAGCAUCAAUUUCGAAUGGCUCAAUUGCCUCGCAUUGACCAGGCUGGCCCUUCACAAGCACACUAUCGAACAAAUGAUUUCCUCUCCGAUGAUGAUCCAUAUGGACUUCCAAUUCUCCCGCAACCAGAGAACUCUGAGGGGGGAAGUUCAACUAGCUACCAUUACUAA